AUGAUUGUGGCUAUCUCGCUCGAUAAGCUUAGCUUAGGAUUCGCUCUCACUCUUCAUAUAUGGCAGUCGCCCUCAGAUAAUACCGCUGUGAACGUCAAUGGCAUCAAGGACCCUGCUAGGAUGGGAUACGCCUCUGUUUUUCUUGAUCCAAGUUUGAACUUUUCUUGCCCACAGGGAACACCAACGGAGCGGAUUUUGUUGACAAGCAGUCAACCACCUAGUGUACCCCUGCCCCAGCCUUCACUCAGGCUGGUGGACGGACCUACGCCCCUUCAAGGCAGGCUGCAGAUAUUCUACAAGAACAAGUGGCGCUCUAUAUGCACAAACUCGCGCAAUUGGACGGCAGAGGACAUGUCUGUUGCUUGUCGGCAACUUGGAUACAGUGGUGGAAAGUACUAUGAGUGGCAGGACAGAGCCAACAAUGACACAGGAACACUACUUUACGAGGCACCCCUCUGUACUGGCCUUGAGGAUGACGUUACUAAAUGUGCCUGGCACACACAUGCUAUGGGCGGUGGUGUCUGUGAUAUGCAUCCAGACCUGGGCCUGGACUGUGAUGGCUACCAUGCCCUUUGGAGAGGAACCAACCACUGGAGAGGGAUCCUCUUCCUUGAUGCCCAGUAUGAAGGGCAGCUCUUCCAAGAUAAUACAUUGUAUCAGAAGGUAUCAAAAUCGAUUUUGAGUUACGUGGACUUAGAGUAUGCUGGUAUGGGUCCCCAGCGAGAAGUGGAGUCAGCCUUGAUGAGCAGGAAGGUUCCUCCUCGACUCUCUAAUGUCACCAUUUCUUCUAAUGCCUUUAAUGGCAUCAACUUCACUUUACCAGGAACUUUUGUCCAUCUACAAAGUGCAACUAUUAAAGGAAACAAUGGUUAUGGUGUAUAUGUGAACACAUCAACAGGCUCAGUGUUAAUCAAUGAGUCCUCAUCAGUCAGAGAAAAUACUGCUGAUGGGGUUAAGUAUAACUUCCACCACCGUCAACCUGAUCGUUCAGCUUCAGAUACUUUCCAAGACUUUUGCGCUGGAGCUUCCAACCCCAAUCAAGCUUAUCCAAUUGUAACAGUUGCCACUCAGGAUAAAUAUUCCUUCAAUGACCUCUCGUGUGUUAGGUCAUUCUACAUCAAAAAAACUAACUUCGUCUUCACAGUACACUUCUCUUAUAUGCAGGCAGAGAUAAAUGGAGCUGCUAUGGUGGAAGUCAGGGAUCGUGACCAGUGGGGUGACUUACUGACCAAAUUUGAGUUGCGAAACAACACCUUUCCAUCAUCUGUUGUCUCACGAGGGAACAGCAUUUGGAUCAAAUUUACUGCCAAGUCCCAUAAACUCUCCUUCAUAUUCAUGGAAGUGGUGGCUAGUAAAUAUAAAAUGUUUGAUCUCAAACUUCAGAAUUCCUUUGUAGGAAACAACAGUGGCCAUGGAGUUGCAAUUGAAAAUAUGCGCAGUCUGGUUCACAUUCAUCAGUCAGAGUUAAUGUAUAAUUUUUUUGGAUCAGGUCUUAAUGUGAAAAUGGGUGCCGGAGAUGUUAACAUUACUCGUUCCAGUGUCAGUAAAAAUAUUGGCGAUGGUGUAAAUAUUACUUAUGAAGGAGGUUUGCAAAAUGUUACGUGGAGCAAUGUUGCUGGCAACUCGCUUCGAGGAGUUGCUGUUUGGUUUAAUGAGAGUGGACUUGAUACUAAAAUAAAGCAGGAGACAGGUGUGGCUUAUUCGACAUUCAGAGGGAACUUAGAUGUUGGUUUGCGAAUUGGGAAUUUUUGUCGGAAUGCUUUUGUAAACAUUAGUAGUAACUCAUUUACAGAAGGCCAGAGAGCAGCAGUAGAGAUAGAAUCAUGCUGGCUCAGAAAUAGUGGGAAGAGAACUGUGCAAAUUGGCCAAAAUUUGUUCGAGAGGAAUCACCGCUUAGCUGUGAAGAUAUCUCCAGCUGUUAAUAUGAAUCUAACUAUUGAAUACAAUGAGUUUCAACAGAAUCGCCGAGGAACACUAAUGAUAUAUAAUGAAGACAAUGUGCAGUUACCAAGUUUACCAUUUGUGGGACAUAUAGUGAGAAAUCACUUCCGCAACAACACUGGCUGGUUUGUUAUUCGGCUUGCUCUAUCCCUUCGAGGACUAGAUCAGAAUCUUCUUGUAGAAAAGAAUACAAUAAAAAACAACUUUGUCAAAGAGUUAUAUAGUAACAUUCAGUCCAGAAGUCGUGCUGCAGGGGUGGUGUGUGUGGGCUCAUCAAAUAUAGUGCUUUACAGAAAUUUAAUUGAAAAUCCUGGUUCCAACUAUGAAAUUAGCUCACAUUUGACUGAUCAGAGCACACCCAUCAAUGCUACUUACAAUUGGCUUGGUAGCAAAUUUGAAAAUAAUAUUUUUGAACGUAUUUUGGAUCGUCGUGAUCUCUACAAUUUAGCAUUAGUGUUAUUUCACCCCUUUCUUCUAAGUAAUAACAAUGUUGAAACUCCUGUGACCGAAGCAGGACAAGUAAGUGAACCUAAUUUCUUUGACCCAGUUGAAGGUCACAUAAUUGGUGGAGAAGUGAAUGGUGAAAUUACACUUCAUGAUGGCAUUUAUACUGUAACAAGGGAUAUAUUUGUCCAUGAAACUGGAAUCUUAACUAUUGCUUUUGGCACCACGCUGGAAUUUGCUGAGGGUAUGGGAAUGAUGGUAGCAGGGCUAUUGCGUACUGAAGGUUCUGGGAAACGUGAUGUGCGUUUCACCCUCCAGGGAACGUCUGAGCGAGAGUUGAUGUCAAGAGCAGCAUUACCAGCAGAUUUAAUGGUGUUCAAUAAUACAGGUAAUACCAAUGUAACAGCUAGUAUGCCGUCAAAUAAUACAGCAGAAGACUCGCCCAUCCUGGUCAAGCUUGUCGGGGGCAGGAAUGACCUUGAAGGAAGACUGAUGGUGUAUGUAGAUGGCGAGUGGGGGACUGUGUGCAGCCAUGGAUGGAGUCAAAAUGCUGCUGCAGUUGCCUGUCAGCAGAUGGGUUAUGUUCUUAACCCUGAGGACUGGUUCCUUGAACCAAGCAAUAUACCACCAGAUGGUCAGACUGCUAGGAUUCUCCUCAGCAAUGUGCAGUGUGAUGAGUUUGACACUGACAUAACAAAAUGCAAGACUGAAGUGUUGUGGGAACUAGAAAACUCGUGUUCCCAUGCAGAAGAUGUUGGCAUCCGCUGCUAUCCAGGCACCUGGGCAGGCAUACGUUUAGGGAUGACUGCACAUGAAAGUCAUAUCAAAGGUGUUGUCAUUGAGAAGGCAGGCCUAUUAGACUAUACCACUAGGACCUUUAAACCAGCACUGCAGAUCGACUUCCACCAUCAUGUCAUACAGGAUAUUGAAGUACGGGACAACUCCCAUGAUGGUGUUGGUGUCAUUUACAGUAAUCAGUAUGCUAUUGCCAAUCCAGAUGCUCGUGUAUUUAAAGGAUGCAGCUUUACUAGGAAUAAAAGACAUGGAAUAAGCUUAAAACAGAUGGGAGUGAACAUAACUGAGUCUGACCUGCGAGCAAAUGAUGGGUCUGGGUUACAUUUUAACCCUUUUAUAUCACGUGCUGAACAGAGAGAGCUAGCAGGAUGGCUUAAGUUGUUACAGGACAAAUAUAUUAAAAUUCCAGAGUCUCCAAAAGAUAUUCAGCUUGCAAUAAAUGUACCACAGUAUUUCAUCACACAGACACUACGAGGCACUCAAACAAAAAUUACCAUCCAUGUUUCGACAUCGCACUCCAAUGUAAUUGGGAUCCAGGUGCUGAAUCCAGUUGUACUCGAGAGCACUGAGGAAAUAGUGAUAUAUGAUUACCAGAAAAUUGUACAGAGUGAGGAUAUUGCACGCUGGGAUAUGCGAAGAGAUCAGGUGGCCUUCCCUACAACUUCAAGCAGCUAUGCCAUAACCAUUGAGUACAGUUCAGGCAUUUAUGCUCUGGGAAAUGUUAUUUUUGUCCUCACUGCUAUUGACAGAAGAGACAUUGCCCAGGCUGGAGACCUGCGAAACUUCCGUGCCAAGUGGCCUACUGUAUACAUUGAUAAAACACAGAUUCGUGAAAAUGAUAUUGGUGUCUCUACUUUGCAUUAUAACAGAUAUCUCACAGAUGAUGAAGAUCAUCUUCUGCGAUGUGCCAAUGAGAGUUUCAUUGUAGUUAAUUCUCAAAUUACAAAGAAUCAGAACCAGGCAGUGUAUACACUCUCACCCUUCAGAGUCAGAAUGGAUAAUAAUGACAUUGGAGAGAUAACGUUUAUGUUUAAUGGUACUACUAUAUCAGGCAAUGGCAGAGGCAUUGAUCAGUACAGUUGGGAUGUUCGUGAGUCUAACAACCUCUUCCACUGGGUGCUAGAAGACACUGUAAUGGAGAAUAAUGGUGGAGGUGGUAUAGUACUGAUGCUGCCAUUUGUAUGGCAGUACACUGAAAAUUUUACUCAUUCACUCUACAUUAAUUCUUCGACCUUCAUGAAUAAUGCUCAGUUUCAGUUCAUUAUAGAUGGUCAUUUUGCUCGUGUAAACAUAACAUAUUCAAAGUUUGAGAAGAACACAUGCCAGCAAGGUCUCCUGUCACUGAAAGGCAUGGAAAAAGAGAUGUUUAUAUAUGAUAAUCUUUUUGUUUCAAACAUAGGCUCCUAUGUUGUAGAAUUUGAUACUGACAGUCAGAGUGGCAUCCUUGGAGUUGUAAAAGCUUAUUUUGAAUACAACAAAGUUCAAGAAAAUAGACAAGCUCUUCAACUGAGGAGUAGUCCAUCUCGAGCCUUCCAACCAGCUAGUUAUACAAUAGCAGUUCGAGGACUUCAGAAAAUCAACAUAACUCAUAAUCAGUUUGGAUCCAAUGAAAUGGAUUAUGAAUUAUUGGCUGGGCUAUUUACUAGCAGGAUUGAUAAUUACCUUAAUGUGGAAGCUAAUUGGUGGGGAUCACAUGACCCUAAAGUGAUUGAAGAACGCAUCUUUGAUUUUGAUGACUGGAACAAUUUUGCUCUUGCUGACUAUCUUCCAUACCUCAUAGAAGACAGUCUUUCAGCACCUGUAUCAUCAGUGAUUUCUUCUGCUAAAAAAGAAAAACCAAUGGAACUGAAUUCCCUUGGGGGCCGACUGCUACAUGAUUUACGAUUACCAAAACGCUUUGAACCAUAUAUAAUAAAAUCUGAUUUGACUGUUAUGCCAGGAGUGACUUUAGUGAUUGAAGCAGGUGCUACACUAGAGUUCUUCCCAAGCAUUGGAAUGCUUAUUUUAGGCCGCCUUGAAGCUGUGGGUCGUAGAAACAACCACAUCAUCAUGCGACCUAUUGAUACUUCAUCUGCUACACACUAUCGAGUUGGCCGCCAAACAAAAUCGUCCUUAGAAUCUGUUCGGCUGUGUGUGGAAGGGGACUGUGAUGGUAGAAGAGAUGGCUUCUUGGACAUCUUUAAUGGUACAACGAAGCAGUGGGUGCCAAUUUGUGAUGAUCGGUUCACUGAGCGUAAUGCCCAGGUAGUUUGUCAACAGUUGGGGUAUAACACCAUCAAUACCUUCCAUGGUCGCAAUAAAAGAACAGAGAUGUUUCCCAAUGCCCUCAUUCGCAUUCGAUCAUGGCCUGACCCUAUUCAAUGUGAUGGUACAGAGACACGUCUAGAUGAGUGUGCCCUCAGAAUGAAUGGCCAGAUUUACAACCAUAGCUAUGAAUGUGCUUGGAAUGGUGACUUUGUUUAUAUCUCCUGUGGAGAUCUCAAUUUGGAGAAUGAGAACCAAGAAUACUGGGGUGGUAUAAGGUUUUCAAUCCCCAACUUUGAGCAUAUGGAUGUUUACCAGAGAGUUCACAAUGCAAACAAUCCAGAACAUGCACACACACACCCAAUGGUGCACAGCUCAUCACACACAACAGUGUUACCCUCAGUGAUGGAAUGGGUGGAGAUUGUUGGAGCAGGAAUACUUCAUGAUGACAAAUCUCCAGCAAUUCUUUCUUUCCAUGAAACGCCAAAACUAAGAGGAGUUACUAUAAGGAAUUCUGCAUAUGAUGGUCUGUCGAUUGUCUCGGCCACAGAUGGCUUUGAUAUGUUAUACAACAAAUUUGAAAAUAACCUGGGUGUUGGUGUAACUCUGAUGGGUCUGACCGGUGAAACACGUGAGAGUGAAGAGUCGUCAUUCUUCCCUCUAAGUCAGCUACGUCUUCCGUAUCACAUGUUUGGAAUGGUGGACAUAUGUGAUUCCACUAAGGAACUCAAAAUUGAGGAAAGAAUCUUUGUUUAUUACAAAUAUGAUAAUCGACCUGUGGAUUGUAUUAAGAUAUUUUCAUCAGUGUUCAAUGUUAAAAAUUUUGGGUUCAGGCUCCUUCAGUUCAACCUGUACAACUCCACAUUGGACCCUGUUGCAAGAGACCGUAUUGUCCUCUAUGAUGGUGACAUAUAUAAUUAUACAACGGUGGAAUUUGCAGAAAUUCAUGUAAACAGUGGCAAUCACAUGCGAUUUUUCAAAACUGAAGGGACCAGUUUAUCAGUGGAGCUUCAUGUCACUGGAGCCUCGGGUGACCUUGGCUUUGUUGCAGAAAUUGUUACGCUUCCCAUAUCAGAUCUUGGCAUCAAUCGCAACAUUCUACACAACUUUACUUACAAUGAAUAUUAUAACAAUGUUGAGGGUGCCUUCUUCACUGCCACUGCUGGAGAGGUGAAUCCCUGGAUGUGUCUCUCUUACAGCCGCUUAGAAAAUAAUGGUAGACAGCUCUAUGGUAAUUUCACCACUACUAGAGCAGCAGUUUACCUAGAUAUACAGAACAUGCAGGAUGUUUAUUUUAAGAAUAACCUGGUGCGCAACAAUACUGGUGGUGUUUAUAUCAUGGCUGGAUCCAUGGGUGCUGCCACCAAGCUACAGGCCAAUGUCACCAACAAUUUAUUUGAGGAAACUCUUCACUGGCCAUCCUUGUAUAUAGCCACCAGGGAGAAUUCUGCUUAUCAACAUGCACUUAUCGCUUACAAUGACUUUAGUUGGUCAUAUUCACCAUACCAUGAUGUCAUCACCUUAGCUCAGGUAGUGUCUGAGUUCACUCAUAAUUACCUGCAUAGCAAUAUUGGUCGACACAUUUUAGACAUUUAUGGGUUUCAAAAAGUUCGUCUUCCUGUAUAUCAAACUACAUCUCAUAACAGUCUUGCCAAGAACAUGGCAGUAGACCCAACCUACCAGGGUACCAUCAUAGCAGGGAGUGCUGGCCAACAAUUUGUAGACAAUGUUUUCUACAACUUAGACAAUGCAUACGAACUUGUUGCUGUAAAUGAGUCUGUACGCUGCAACAUUUCUACGGAAUGCUCGCAAGUGGAUAUCUACGAUGUCUUGGUUGAUGAGAGAUCAGAUGUUUGGAAGACCCCUAUUGAUGCCAGAAAUAACUGGUGGGGCUUUAAUACAUCAGUUGCUGUGUCUGGACGCAUACAUGAUAGAACAGAUGAUGAGACACUUCUUCGUGUUGACUAUAGUCAGUGGAAGCUAAACUACUACUCGCUACUCCGGUGUGAACCAGCUACACAACGAGUUGGUGAUGCUUAUCUUUAUGUAGGUGCACCCACACACGAAGAAGCUAAAGCAUUCUGCAAGAAGGACAAUGCCUCCUUGCCGUUCCUACAGAAGUGGUACUGGGACGUCCAGUAUUGGAUAUUUGAUCAGCAACCCGAGUACUUAUGGGAAUAUGAUAUGGUGUGGGUUCAACACUUAGAUGUCAUUAGUGGAUGUGCUGCCUUUGUAUAUAGACAAGUCCGUUCUGUUGACUGCAAUCUGAAUCUCCCCUUUAUUUGUGAAUCUGACCCAGAUAAAACAAUUGAUAAAUUUGCUUGGACUUCUGACCCAUUGGCUGUAGCAGCCAUAACUGUGACUUUCGGUUGCUUGAUUCUUGUAGCUGCAUGCGUUUCAUGUUGGGUAUGUAAAUCGCGGGAACGACGCAAGGAGCGCAUAAUGCGAAGGAAUUCCAUUCGUGCAUCCAUCCGUUCUAAUAGAUCUGCCAUAUCAACUACCAGUGGUGGCUUCAGUGAUAUGGGGCACACAAGGAUCAUUGAGGAUCCACAGAGAGCAAUACCCAUGAAGGGUGGAGGUUCUCUUGGAGGAGCAGCACGGAUGAAUGGUCUUCAUGGAUCUUUUGAUUCCAUCUCCAAAUCUAACUUUAAUUCCUCAAUGGAGGAGGACCCAAGCUUUGUUGUUUAUGAGGAAACACCUCAGUCACCCCCAGGUUACACAUCAGAACUUGAUAAUAGAUUCUCUGCUGACCCUAAUCUGGAAAAUGCAAAUGUGAAUGAACUAGUGCACCCUAGCUUUAAUAUGACUUUUCAAAAUCAUGGAUAUAGGGACAACUCCACCUUUACCUCCCGAGAAAACAGUACCUUCAUUGCUGAAGCACCCUCACAACAGUGGAAUGGUUCAAACAAUAACAUUCCGCCCUCCAGUUAUGGUAAACCAACUUUCUCUACUUAUGGUCUUGGCCGACACCUGCCUUCAAGUAAUCAGCAUUAUUUGCCACUACCACGUCCACCUGGGGCACGACCCCUACCUCAGCUUCCAUGGCAGGGCUCUCAUGUUCCAAGCAGUUUUGACAGAUUCAGCAAUCCCUACAUGUACAGCUUUGGCCGACCCUUGUCUUUGCACGGUACAACAUCAAGCUUCAAAAACGAGUCUCUUCAUGGAUCCAAUCCACAGUUAGCAGCAAGCAGUGUUACCACUGAUUCAACUUUAGAGAUGAAGAAAGAGUUAGACUUGGCAAGGGAUACUCAAGACCCACACCUUACUGCAACUUUACCAAGAGAUCAAGCAGCACCUUUCCACUAUGUUUCUGCAGAUGUUCUAUCAGGCAGACAGUCAAAAACUCCUUCAGAAGUCUCUGAAGAUUACUUUUCUCAAGGUCGAUCACAAAGUCAACCAUUAGAAACAGCAAUGUAAACAUUACAAAACCUAUGUCUUUGUUUAUAAUUAAUAUUCUAUAAUUCUUUUAAUGAUUGUCCUUAGUAAGGCAAGUUUACUACAGUGCAAGGACCAGCUGGGAUUUUAUAACAAGCAUGUGGCUAUAUAUAAUAAGAAGUCAUUUCUCAACUGUUCUUCCUCAGAUUUCGGAUUUCCUUAUCUGGCAUCCACAAGUUUAGGUGCUUUGUUUUAUUCCAUAAUGCCCAUUAUCUAUGACUUGUUGGUGUAAUGGCCUUAUCUAUGAGCCUGGUUCCCAGAACUUAAUUUUUGAAAAGUAUUUUGGCAGUACGUAUUCCUUUAGAGGACCUGUUUACCAUGACUGAUACAAAAUAUUGCAAAAUUCUCAAAUACCAUGUUUAGGCAUAGGGGCUUGGAAUGACUUCCCCUUUACUCAGGAAAUAUUGGUUCUCUAUCUGCAGAUUCACUAGCCAUGAAAAAUUCAUCAUGAAUUCUGAGGGAGUACGAUAUUUCACUUUACAGUGUUGGCAAGUGAAAUACAGUCCAAUUGCUAGGUAAUAUGGUUUUGCACAUAAUUAAUAAAGCAGUUUUUCAACCAGACUGUAUACUGCAUGAGCAUUGUUUUAUCAGGUGCAGGAAAUGAGAAAUGAAUUGCCUUUAUAAUUUGUAAUUUAGGUAAAUUUAUUUCACAUGUUAAGAAAACUAAGAGGAAUCUUUAAAUGAUGAAAAUGUUGAUGCAUGAAACUGAAAUUCAUUUUACAAGCACAGUGUUCUACCUGUACAUUAGCUUAUAAAACCUGAGUUUUGGUACAUGUAAAGUAGAAACUAAAUGAUUUUCAUCGACUACUUACUGAACAGGCAAAUGAAUUUUUUUUUAUUAUAUACAUUUCUUAAUGUCACUAUGAAAGUCAUUCCAGUUGGUAAAAUUCUUCAUUUUAUCAAGUGACUUUCAUAGUGAUAUUAAGCAAAUAUCUAUACAAAAAAUUAAUUACACAAGAAUAGUUUAUUCAUCUGCAUUACUAAUCCAUAACUAAGUUAUACAAUAACAUGAAACAGUAAUGACCAGCUGAUAAGAUAGAGGAAUAAUGUACAGUAUUUUUAAAGCAGUUUGUGCCCACAGGCACUGCCCUCAGUAAAACCUUAGCUAAAGUGUGUCAGUGGGAACCAUAACUUUUGAAAAUAUAUCUUUCAUUCAUAAUUUUUUUAUUAGAACUAACUCUCUUAUGUCAUUUUUAAUUAACAACUGAAGAAUUAUUCUGAAAAAAAAAAUCAUAAAAAAUUUAAUAAAUUGUGUAUUGAAAACAAUAAAAAACUAAUACAUGGUAGUAUUAGAAAUAGGCACUGUGAUAAUGCUACAACCAGAUGCAUAGCUGAAUAUUUAAAGCUUCAUAUAACCCAUGAACAAAUUGGGAUUUAGUAUUUUAGAUUAAAUGUUCUUUAUGGAAAACAUAAGUUAAUUUAAGCUGUAAAGAAAUUUCACAGAAAAGCUUCCAUGAAGCCAUCGUUACUAAACUGUAUUAUUCCCAUACACUAAGAUUUAUAAUCUCUUGCACUCUCACCCUAUUGUACAAAGAUUAGGACGAUAGUUUGUUUUCUGUACAUAGCAAAGAUUAAGACAAUAGUUUGUUUUCUGUAUAUAGCAAAGUGUCAUAGUAUUUUGUUUUUAUACUUAUUACCCAAGAAAAUACAGUGGACCCCCGACUUGCGAUAUUAAUUCAUUCCAGAAGUCUGUUCGGGUGCCGUUACUGAACGAAUUUGUUCCCAUAAGGAAUAUUGUGAAUUAGAUUAGUCCAUUUCAGACCCCCAAAAAUACAUGUACAAAAACACUUACAAAAAUACACUUACAUAAUUGUUCUAGUUGGGAGCUGAUUGUAAGG